AGUUUAAAAGCUGCUGCAUGACUGCAGACAUUCACAGGAAUCUGGACCAGCAAUGACUCUGUUGAAGGUUCUGCUGCUGCUGCUGGGGCUGGGUGUUUCAAUGAACUCACAUGUUUCUCUGCACAAGAGAAUCAUUGGAGGUCAAAACUGUGAUGACAAGGAGAAUCUUUAUCAUGUUCGGCUGGAAAUCAACAAUGGUACUCAUGGGAGCCACUGUGGAGGAUCUCUGAUCCACCCUGAGUGGAUCCUGUCUUCAGCUCACUGCUGGAACUCUGAGCCAGGAUGGACUACCACAGCAAUAUUAGGAGUUCAUCCACGAACUGCUACACAGGAGAAACAGAUAAUCCAACAAAAUCCUGUGAUUUAUGUUGACCAAAGCCAUCAGCUGCAUGACAUCAUGUUGGUGAAGCUUCAGAGACCAGUAAGGAAUAUCCUUCCUGCUCGGCUACCAAGAUGCAAUAAUCGUAUUACGAUUGGUGCUGUAGUUCACCUGGCAGGAGAAGGAUCAACGACAACCGGACCCAAUAAUCGGCGAUUUCCCUUUGCUAGUAUUCCACCACAUCUUCAGUGUGUCGACAUGAGAGUUAGUGGUUUUGCCUUUUUGCCGACACAUGGGAAUAUAUUCUUUGCUGAAGCACAGAACACGGAUAUUUGUCAUGGUGACUCUGGUGGAGGAGUGGUGUUCAACCAGAAAAUUUAUGGUGUGAUUGCUGGCAGUUCAAUAGACUAUGCAUGUCAGCAACCAACUAUUAGCAUGAAUGUGUGUGAAUACAUGGAGUGGAUAAGCAAAACAGUUGGGUUUAAAUAAAACAUAAACUAUCAUGAAAUAAAAUUUUCAUCAAAUUUCCUCUCAGAUACAAUUUUAUAUUUUGUAUCUUUACCAAUUUGUACUGCAAGUUUAUAGAAUUAUGAUAAAUUAAUAGUUUUGUCUUUUCUCACCUGACCUUGACCUCCCUAAUGGAGCUUUCUCUGCCUCAGAAAUGAAAUAAUAAAUCAAUAAACGAAUGAAAAAGAAACA